AUGGCACCCCAUGAUAUCUGCGGGCAGAGGAGUAGACACCUACUAGGCUUAGUUACUGUCGAUCGGAGAAGCUUUAGGACACAGGCUGGCAAGGACGACCUGCUCAAGGGGGUCAAUCCUCAGCAUAGAGACGAUGUGGCUCGUGUGGUCGAGCAGGCACAGCGGGCUGCCAGCAUGUGGACAACCAUCUGUACAGACUUUCACCCUCCUCCAGUGGUUGCCGACGCCAUGAAUGCUAUGAAGCAGCUGGCGGGCGUGGCAGCACUUUCCUUUGGAGGCUACGCGCAGGCGGAGCGCACCAGAAUUUUCCUGGGCCAGGAGGACAUCAUUGAGGCCCUCAAAGCAGACCCACAGCAGGUCUCUUGUAAGGCCCAAGCGGAAGGCGUUGCAGCGCUGCGAGUGCAGGGCAACUUCAUGUUUGACGCAGCCACGCACAGGGACUUCCUGGGCGCCAUCCUGGGCACAGGCAUAGAGCGCAGCAAGGUCGGAGACAUCAUUCUUGUGGGAGAGACCGGCGCCCAGAUAUUGGUUGCUGAGGAGCUGCUCGAUCACUUCGAGCUCAACCUCACUCAGGUGCGCAGCGUACCGGUGGUCAGCCGGCGGAUGGAGCUGGCAGAGCUGAGCGUGCGGCCGGCCAAGACGGAGACAGUGCGCAGCGUGGAGGCAUCGCUGCGACUGGACGCCGUGGCCAGCGCCGGCUUCCGCAUCAGCCGCGCCAAGGCCGCGGACCUGAUCAAGCAGGGGGAUGUCCGGGUGAACUGGAUACAGGCCAAGGGGAGCAGCUUGGUCAAGGAAGGGGAUGUGAUAUCCUGCUCUGGCAAGGGGCGCAUAGAAAUCAUAUCGACAUCACUGACAAAGAAAGAUCGGCAUGCCGUGGAGAUGACGCGGUAUGUCUGA